UCAGAUUUAAUUGCAGUGUUGGCACUUUGAAAUAAAUUAGUUGGUUUUGUGUUGCAGUUUGGGCACUCGGGCUCAAAAAGGUUUGCCAUCACUGUCUAACGUGUAUGGGGCAUGUAGUGACACUCAGCUAUGCUCUUUGUUGCUAUAGAGUUUUAUAGAGACCAGGGGCGGACUGACCAUUUGGAAACUCAGGCACUGCCCGAGGGCCCAGGGUCAGUAGGGGGCCCCAUGAGAUGCCCCUGGUACCUUUUUCAUAGGCUUUUUUGAGUUUGGGCAAUGACACAGGGGCCCCAUGAUCCCCUAUUGCCUGGGGGCCCCAUGAGUUGUCAGUCCGCCCCUG